CUUACCAGAAGUUCCAUUCGAACCACGAUUAUUCUCCAGUUCGUCUUGACGUCAUCAUGCCGCCAAAAGUAAGUGGAAAAGCUGUGAAGAAAGCUGGAAAGGCCCAGAAGAAUAUUAAUAAGGCCGAUAAGAAGAAGAGGAAGAAGAGGAAGGAAAGCUACGCUAUUUACAUCUACAAAGUUCUGAAGCAAGUGCAUCCCGAUACCGGUAUCUCCAGCAAAGCGAUGAGCAUCAUGAAUAGUUUCGUCAAUGACGUAUUCGAGCGCAUUGCAGCCGAAGCAUCCAGAUUGGCCCAUUACAACAAACGUUCAACUAUCACGUCUCGGGAGAUUCAGACUGCUGUGAGACUCCUGCUGCCCGGUGAAUUGGCUAAGCACGCAGUCAGCGAGGGUACCAAGGCGGUUACCAAAUACACCAGCUCGAAAUAAGCGAAUGAAUUACGCUCCAAAUACAAUCGGUCCUUUUCA